AUGGUGCAGCAUCUUGCAUACCGUCGUAGGCUGUCCCACAAUACAGCCUCUAAGAAAACCAGGCUGUCCCGAAUCCCUGGUAAUAGAAUUGUUUACCUUUAUACCAAGAAGGUUGGGAAAGCACAAAAAUCCGCGUGUGGUGUGUGCCCAGGCAGACUUAGGGGCGUUCGUGCUGUGAGACCUAAAGUUCUCAUGAGGUUGUCUAAAACGAAGAAACAUGUCAGCCGAGCCUAUGGUGGGUCCAUGUGUGACAGAAUCAAGCGUGCUUUCCUUAUCGAGGAGUAG